CACUUCGGCAACUGUGAGUGGUUCUCUCUGCGUCGAGCAGCACGAGAUGGAGCAAUGCAGACGCCUGACCACUGGUGCCACGUUCCUGGCAGGGAACGUACCAAUCUGUCGCUGGAAGAGUGGAAGAAUUUUACAAUUCCUAGGGCAGGCAAUUCGUUCAGCAAGUGCCUGAUGUACAACCAUAGCCAUGGCGCCAACUGGAACAGUUCAGAACCCGUCAAGUGUCAGCACGGCUGGGAUUACGACGACACGUGGUUCUCUCUGACUGUCCCCUCCCAGAUGAACUGGGUCUGCGACAACCAGCAGUCCGCCAAUGACGUCUUGUUCUACGCACAAAACAUCGGAGUGGCACUGAGCCUACUGUUCGGAUACAUAGGCGACAUGUACGGACGGCAGCUCCUGCAGUUCCUCUGCCUGGCUGCCCACGUCAUCAGCAGACUGGUGCUGGUCCUCACACCAGACGUCCUGGUGCUGUUCAUCCUGGCACAGUCCCUCGUAACAGCAGCGGCCGGACCAAUGCAUGAAUCUGCCUUGUCUCCAUGUGCAAGCUUCUUCAUCUCCCAGUGGUUCCCGGAGUCACCUCGGUGGCUGGCGUGCAGAGGUCGCGAGGAGGACGCCCUGAGGCUGCUGAGGCGCAUCGCCACCACCAACGGCGGGCGGCUGCCUCCGUUCGCUCCGCGGGUGAUGCGGACCGUGGCCAAGGCGCAGAGGGACAGGAAGGGCUUCCUCAGCCUCUUCUCCAGCUGGAACGUCUUCAAGAAUACGGUGCUGCUCAUAACUGCCAGGUCUGCGAGCGUACUGACGCAGUGCUCGCUGGUGUUGCUGGCUGGUGGUGUGGGCGUGAAUCCCUUCCUGACAGUGGUGGCGCAGGGCGCGGUCCAGCUUCCCUCGGUCUGCGCCGUCCACGUGUGCGCGUCGCGCUUCGGCCGACGCUGGACCGCUGUGGGCUGCGCUCUGCUGGCAGGAGUCACCAGCGCGGCCACCUUCUGUAUGCUGAGGGCUGGCAUCAUCGGACUGCCUAUCACGGUGAUGGCUGUGAUAACGCAAUUCUUUUCGACGGGCACAAUCGCCAUGGCCAACCUGCAGAGUGUGGAGGUGCACCCCACAUGUCUGCGGCAGAUCGCGGCCUGUGUCGAGUGGACCGCAGCUGCCAUUGUCAUGUCUGCUCUGCCGUACGUGGCCCUCAUGAGUGACAGACGGACGCCCUACGCCAUUCUCGCAGCUCUAAACUUGGGGACAGCGGUUGCAGUAUCAUUUCUUCCAGAAUCUGCUUUGCAGAGGUUACCAGAAUCAUUACAGGACGCUGCCGUCUUCGGCAAAGACCAGAAGUACUGGAGCUGGAAGCCAAAGCCAGCUCCACAGUACGCCAUGGCGUAAAACCAUUUAGGGAGGUCGUUAAACGAUUCUGUCGUUUACGUACUUUUUCUGUAUAAAAGUGCAGAUUUGUACCCUGUUUGUUAGCAUAGCUGAAG